AUGCUAUCAAAUCUUAGAUUUUUGAAAUUUUACUCACAAACACGAUUUAAAAUUAAAUUAAAACUUAAAACUGGCAUCAAAAAAAUGAAAUUUUUUGUGAUCUGUCCUAAAGUCUAUUGGAAAUUUGUUAAAUUUUAUCGAUGGAUUCGCUCAUUUUUCUGUAAACGGCGAAUGGAAUUGGCCGUUGUGGGUUUACAGGACUGCGGUAAAACAACAUUUACUCAGCUGAUUUCUACGGGCCAAUUUCUCAACCGACAGCUUCCAACAAUUGGCUUUAAUAUGCAAGUUUGGAAUAAAGGAAGAGUGUCAAUAAAAGUGUGGGAUUUGGGUGGCCAGCCACGCUUUCGAAGUGCUUGGACUCGUUAUUGUCGAGGAUCCGAUGCAAUUCUUUUUAUGGUGGAUGCCAGUGAACGUUUCAAAUUACAAGAAACAAGACAAGAAUUAAACCAAUUAUUGGCCUCGCCAGUUUUGGAUGGAAUGCCUUUGUUGGUACUCGGAAAUAAAGCAGACCUGCGCGGAGCGUUUGAUCACGAUGAAUUGUUUAAUGAAUUGUAA